AUGAAGCCUUCAACUCCACCUCUUCUGAUCGCCUGCCUUGUGAUGUCCCUCAACAGCUACACCCAACAGGUCCCUCACUGCAUGUCCCUUCCCGGCACAGAAAAGACGGUUUUUAUCUGCAACGCUUCAUCGCUCCGUGAAUUUCCCAAAGGCAUCCCCAGUGAAACCAAGACAAUCUCCGUUCUGUCCACCCAGAUCUCCAGCCUUGACACAGAGGCCCUGCAGGGUCUUCCGGAGCUCCAGGUGCUCUAUCUAAUAAACAACCAGUUGAAGACUCUUCCGGGUGGCCUCUUCCGUAACCUCCCACACCUGCACUCCCUGGAUCUUUCCGGAAAUCUCCUGGAAGAUCUAGCUCCAGCGCUCUUCGCCAAUGCAAGUAGCCUGGCCGACUUAAUCCUUAGUGAAAACCAACUGGCCGAACUGCGCCCGUCCUGGUUCGAUACCUUGGAGGACCUCAGGGCCCUGAGUCUCCACCACAAUCAGCUGAAGGAGAUCCCAGAUUCUUGCUUUCAUAAACUGACCCUGCUGACGUUCCUGGAUCUCUCCUCCAACCUCCUCCGCUGCCUCUCUCCGGAGAUGUUCAGAGGGCUCACGUCGUUAAGGGCCUUAACUCUGAAAAACAACCCCAUCCAGUCGAUUUCCCCCAACACCUUCCAUGGGACUCCCAAGCUACGGGACAUCUCACUGAGGAACACCAGCCUGACCCAUGUUCCGGCUGGGCUCUUUCGGUCCUUGAAGCAUCUGGUACGUUUGGAUCUCGCCAACAACGAUAUCGUCUCUCUGGAUUUUCCCUUGGUCAACGUGACUUUUGCGCUCACGCUCGAUCUCUCCGGGAACCCCUGGGCGUGUGACUGCCGCCUGCAGGCCCUCUUCAACUGGGCCCAGAAAGAUGUCGUGUUUUUGUACCUCGAGGACGUGGUCUGCAGUUUCCCCAAACGUUUGAAGGGUCAAGUUGCAACUUCGCUUAACGGAUCCCAACUUUGUGCCUGCUAA